AUCCAAGGAGAUGAUAGGUAUGCUAGAGAUUAGGGAGUUGAUAGGUAUGCUAGAGAUUAAAGAGAUUAUAGGUAUGCUAGAGAUUAGGGAGAUGAUAGGUAUGAUAGAGAUUAACGAGAUGAUAGUUAUGCUAGAGAUUGAGGAGAUGAUAGGUAUGCUAGAGAUUAAGGAGCUGAUAGGCAUGCUAGAGAUUAGGGAGAUGAUAGGUAUGAUAGAGGUUAAGGAGAUGAUAGGUAUGAUAGAGAUUAAGGAGAUGAUAGGUAUGAUAGAGAUUAAGGAGAUGAUAUGCAUGCUAGAGAUUAUGGAAAUGAUAGGUAUGCUAGAGAUUAAGGAGAUGAUAGGUAGUCUAGAGAUUAAGGAGAUGAUAGGUAAGCUAGAGAUUAAGGAGAUGAUAGGUAGUCUAGAGAUUAGGGAGAUGAUAGGUAUGCUAGAGAUUAAGGAGAUGAUAGGUAUGCUAGAGAUUAAGGAUAUGAUAGGUAUGCUAGAGAUUGAGGAGAUGAUAGGUAGUCUAGAGAUUAAGGAGAUGAUAGGUCAGCUAGAGAUUAAGGAGAUGAUAAGUAUGCUAGAGAUUAACGAGAUGAUAGGAAUGCUAUAG